AUGGAUGUAGUAAAAGAUGAAACUAAGGGAGAGUCAAUGUUUUUCAUCGCUGAUGGUUUAGUAGUGAUGAAAGGUUUGCCAGGAAGUCUGAUAGGAAAAAUAUUAUUCGCUGAAACAAAUGAAGAUUUUGUGGACCUCUUAUUUAGCUUCCUCACCAUACCUUUUGAUUCUGUAUUGGAACUCUUACUAGGUAGUAAUCUCACAAUUGGAUCCAUCUCUUAUUUGCUUCAAGAUUUAAACAUUAUGCUUUCCAUUACCGAGCCAAAGAAUUCUAAGAAAGCUGUUCUCCAACCAUUUUAUAGUUCCCCAAAGGAGUUUUCAAGUAUCUGUUCUGAAGUAAGGUUUUCCUCAUUUUUGGACCCGAAGUCCCUAAACCCAAACUCGUCAUUCAGCUCGGGCUAUGUCCUGAAGAACUCAUCGUUUCUAGUAGCAGAUGAUCUAGUAGUUAAAUCACUAUCCUCUGUUUCUAUUAUUUCUGUACUGAAGGAAUUAAAUAUCCCACUUGUUGACGUUGAACAGCAAGUUAUCAGCAUUGGGCAGGUUGAAGUAAGUGAUUUAUCUUUUCUUGAGUUUUGAUUAUCUUUGAGGAUUCAAAAUCUAUAAUGCAGUGUGUUUUGGUGCAGGCACUUGCUCUAUUGAAGACCUGUUUGUGUUCAUCCUCACCUUUAUCAGCUUUAAAGAACUAUAUUGUCAAGAAACGAAAGCGUGAGCCAUUACAGUGACAUCAAAAAUAAUUCGUCAAAACAUUAGUUUCUAAGAUUGUUUGUUUAACAAUUCAACCAUUUUUCAACUCCUCG